AUGUUGCGGUCUUUAACCACAAAAGUAACUGCACAAAUCAGAUACAACACGUCACUUUCAGUAAAGAAAAGUGUGGGUUCAAAGGUAUUCAAGAUUCAACGUUCCUUUGUAUCUACCUACAAUGCACAUGUUGCCGGUUUGACAAAUGAACAAAAUGAGUUGCGUGAAAUGGUUUAUAAUUUUUGUCAAAAAGAACUUGCCCCCCGCGCUGCUGUUAUAGAUAAAGAAAAUUCCUUUCCAAUG